AUGUCUGGCACUAAACGCAAGGUCGAAACGGCCGACGACCGGACUGGAAAACGUACCAAAACCAAGACCAAUGCCGCUCCCACUGCGGCUGGCAGCAAGAAGAAAUAUUUACCGCCGGCAUUUCAGAAAAAGGGUAUCACGAGAGGUGCCAGAAAAAUGAACAGAGACAAGAAACUCCGCAAACAAGGCGAAAAACAAAAGUCAUCUAAGAAGGGACACCGCAAGAACGACGAGAAGCACGAAGAAGAUGAUGAGGAGGAGGACAUGGACGAUAUGAACUCAGACAUUUCUUCUGAUGAGUCGGAUGUGUCAAUGGAUGAUGAUAAAAAUAACAUUGAAGAUGCGGAAGAAGGCGAAGAAGUCGAGGACGAUGAAGAGGAUGAGGAAGAAGAACCAGAAAAAUCAAAUGGUGCCGUCGAUGCGGAUAAAAAGAGCUCUUCUCGAGAGAGCCAUGCUAAGCAAAAAGUUUUAGCACAGGAACGCAGGGCUGCAAAGCCCAACGCCGAUAUCAUCGCACGAUCAAAGAAGUUGUGGGAGCGCCUGCGUCGCAAAUCUCAUGUUCCUCUGGACGAGCGUAAGAAACUAGUUGCUGAACUCUUUGAGAUCAUCACCGGUAGAGUCAAUGAUUUUGUCUUCAAACACGAUUCAGUCCGCGUCAUUCAAACCGCAUUGAAGUAUGCUAGCCUUGAACAGCGGAAAAUGAUCGCUCGCGAGCUUCAGGGACACUACAGGGAACUUGCUGAAAGUCGUUAUGCGAAGUUUUUACUCGGAAAAAUGUUAGUUCACGGAGAUACCGACAUUCGGGAUAUGAUUGUUCCUGAGUUUUAUGGACAUGUCAAGCGUCUUAUAAGACAUCCUGAGGCGUCCUGGAUUCUGGAUGAUAUCUACAGAACCGUGGCUACUAAGCAACAAAAGGCGAUUAUGCUGCGAGAAUGGUAUGGCCCAGAAUUUGCCAUUUUUCGUGACAAUGAUGCCGAAGUGACUUCCGAGUUAUCUAAGAUCCUGACCGACAACCCCGAAAAGAGACCACCUAUUAUGCACAACUUAUAUGAACUUGUCAACCAGCUUGUACAAAAGAAGACCACUGGCUUCACCAUGCUGCACGACGCUAUGCUUCAGUAUUUCUUGAAUACAAAACCAGGAAGCUCCGAGGCAAAUGAGUUCAUUGAGCUAGUCAAGGGUGACGAAGAAGGAGAUCUCGCUAAGAACAUGGCCUUCACUAAGUCGGGUGCGAGAUUGAUGAGUCUCUGCCUCGCCUACUCGACCGCCAAAGAUCGCAAACUUCUCCUUCGAUUUUAUCGCGACACCAUCAAGCUCAUGGCUGGAGAUGUCAAUGGACAUUUGGUCAUCUUGACUGCAUAUGAAGUUAUUGACGAUACUAAGCUUUCUUCCAAAUCUAUCUUCCCGGAGCUUCUAAGCCAGGACGCCGAAGAGUCUGCUCGACAUGAGGAGUUACUCCUCCAGAUCAAUGAUAUCACUGCCAGGAUUGCAGUACUGUAUCCAUUUGUCGGUGACACGGUUAAAUGGCUACUUCCUGCAGGCGAUGAGGAAAUUCUGGCGGAGAUUUUCGAGAUCCGCAAGGAGACUUCCAAGAAGGAACCGGCCAUUCGUCGUCAGGAACUCAUUAAAGCUGCCAGCCCAAGUCUGUUAGAGUUUAUCGGCGCACGUGCAGAAUCCUUGAUGGAGACCAGCUUUGGAUGUCAAUUCUUGUCCGAAGUUCUCUUUACUGCGGACGGUGACAAAUCCGCAGCGCUCAACGCUGUUGCUAUUGCCGCCAAGUCAAAGACCGAGGCCCAAGACUCUCCGUUUGUCGGAAGGAUGCUCAAAUCUCUCGUCCAGGGUGGUCGCUAUAACAGUGUCGAGAAGAAAGUUGAAAAGGUUGACCCACCGUUGAAUUUCCAUGCCUUGCUAUAUGACAAUAUCAAGGACGACAUCCUGGCUUGGGCUACUGGGCCCCAGACAUUUGUCAUCGUGGCUCUGGCAGAGUCCAACGACUUUUCUCAGAAGAAUGAGCUCUUGAAGGUCUUGAAGAAGAAUAAGAAAGUAUUGGAAAAAGCGGCAGCGGGAUCCAAAGAUUCAUCUGACAAGACGAAAAAAGCCGGGCCAAGUAGCAGUGGCGCUAAGUUAUUAUUGGGCAAGAUUUGAUGUAGUAUCAUUGAUUUGAUUUGGGUCUGUUCGGCGCGGGUUUUGGUUUUAAUAUAAAAGCAUAUUGCCAAGGUUGUACAUAGAAGCUUUUGCUUCGGAUAUUGAAAAACGCUUUGAUCAAUGAGACUAUCUACUACCUACG